AUGGCUGAUAGCGGUACAACUGGAGAUGCACUGGCCGACUAUAAUGAAUCGCCGCAAGACAAGCUGAGGGACCUGACCGCACGAGCAACGGCAUUUUACGCAGUCAAGAAGUACGAAGAGGCAGCAGAAUGUUACUCAGAAGCCACAGAACUCCAGGCCGAGGUCAAUGGUGAAAUGUCAGAGGACAAUGCAGACCUGCUUUUCUUUUACGGACGUUGUCUUUUCCAUGUUGCGCAAAAGAGCAGCACAGUUCUUGGUGGAACUGCUGCUUCGGUCCAGCUGAAAGGAAGUGACAAGAAGCCUUCCAGAAAGCGCAAGGCGAACGGCAACAUCAAGCCUGAAUCAAGUACUGCCGCUACGGACCCGCCUACUUCUCUCCAGCCUAUCACCGAGACCUCAGAGCCUGCCGAUGUCGUUCCUUCCGAGACUGUCAAUGCAAACGAGACUAAGUCCGAAAAGCCCUACUUCCACAUUGAGGGUGAUGCGGCUGACUGGGACGACUCGGACCAGGAAGAGGAAGGGGAUGACGAUGCGGAAGGCGAAGGAGAUGAAGACGAAGAGGUCGAAGACGACUUCAACAAUGCAUAUGAGAUACUCGAUUUCUCUCGAGUUCUAUACCUGAGAAAACUGGACUCACGCCUCGCAGAGACCGAUGAAAAAUCCAAACCGGCUGAAGAAACACGUAUCCUAAAAACCAAGAUCUCAGAUAUCUACGAUCUGCAAGCUGAAAUCAACUUGGAGGGAGAGAAGUACGCCGAAGCCGAAACAGAUCUCAGGUCGUGUCUCGAGCUCAAGAAAGACCUUUAUCCUCUCGGUAAUGCAAUACUGGCAGAGUGUCACUACAAGCUCUCUCUAGCUCUUGAAGCCGCCUCACAAGUCCAGCAACGUGAUCAAGAUGGAAACCCGGUAGGGGAAAUCAGUAUUGACUGGGACAAGCGGAAGGAAGCAGCAGCCCAUCAAGAAGAGGCUAUUAAGUCGUGCAAGUUGAGGAUCGAACAGGAGCAAAAAGACCUGGAAGCUAUACCAGCUGACAAGCAAAAGGACAAGCAGAAGGCCCAAGAGAACAUUGACGACGUAAUGGAUAUCAUGCAAGCGAUGGAGCAGCGUCUCGAAGAACUCAAAAAACCACCUGUCAGUAUCAAGGCGGAGACUGAGAAAGAUAUGCAGCAAGAGCUAAUGGGUACUGUUCUUGGUCAGAUGCUUGGGGCUGGAAGCUCGAGUAUGGACGAGCAGAAGGCUAAGCUGGCUGAGGUCAUAGCAGGUGCCAACGAUCUGACAGGUAUGGUCAAACGGAAAAAGCCCAAGCCGGCUACAAACGGCGAUCAGACUGUUGCGCCAGCUGAGACUGCUGUAAACGGCAAAGGGAAGAGGAAGAUUGAGGAAGUCGAGUCUGACAAGACACAGCCGCACACUGAUACAGUCAAGAAAGUGAGGAUAGAAGAUGUGAUCGAUUGA